UUCUCGAUCUUCUUAACUGGAAGAAAUUGGAUUUGUCUCGUGUCCCCAGUCCGUCGUCCCUCGGAUAGGACUCUACAAAACCAUUUUCUAUCUAUGAAGAAAGGGAGACUUCUUCCGUACGAAUAGAGUAAUCAGUGGCAGUUUCGGCCUGUGCCCGGGAAUGGCUACACGCAGAAGUCACUGAAUCUCGAACCAUGAAGUUCAGAUCGUCUCCUCUCGAUGCAAUCGCCGGGGUCUCGAUCCUCGCGAUGGUCUGCCUUCUCCGAGCCGCCCCGCAGGAGCUCCUCAGGGGCUUCGAAGCCGCCCCGAGGCCUUCCGCCUCCGCUUUCCAGCCCUUGCUCACCGACCCCACUGGUAACUUUUCGCUGAGCCUCCUCCGAGUCAACGGCACGAUGCUCGCCCUCGCUGUCGUCCACGUGCGCUCCUCGCAGCCCCUCUGGGUCGCCGACCCGGACCGGCCCGCCCGGUGGUCCGACCGCAGCACCCGGGUCUCCUUCAACGGCAGCCUCGUCGUCUCGGACCCCUCGUCGGGGGUGUUCUGGUCGACGGGCACCGACGGCGACAGGGUCGUGCUCCUGAACAGCUCGAAUCUUCAGGUCCAGAAGCAGAGUGACGGCGAUGGAGGGACCCCGGUCGUUUUAUGGCAGAGUUUCGACUUUCCGGCGGACACCCUCGUGGAGAAUCAGAAUUUCACGGCCGCCAUGUCGCUGGCGUCGUCGAACGGGCUCUACUCGAUGCGAAUGGGAAGCAACUUCUUCGGUCUCUACGCGAAGUUCGACGGCAUUUCGGACCAAAUGUAUUGGGAGCACAAGGCGCUGGAGGCGAAAGCGCAAGUGGUCGAUGGGGCCGGCGCGGUCUAUGCCCGGGUCGACCCGGACGGGUUCGUGGCCAUGUACCAGAACAGCAGCGUCCCCGUCGACGUCGAGGCCUUCAACAGCUUCCAGAAGCGGAUCGACUCCUUCCUCUUGCUCCGGCUGGAAUCGGACGGGAACCUCAAGGGCUACUACUGGACGGGGUCGACCUGGGCCAUGAACUACAGGGCCAUCUCGGGCUUCUGCGAGCUGCCGAGCCCGUGCGGCCCCUACAGCCUGUGCUCGGCGGAUAGCACCUGCGCUUGCUUGGACAACCGGACCGAGGCGCGUCCCGGUUCGUGCUCCGCGCCGGGUUCGAGCGACUUCUGCGGAGGAGGAGGAGGGCCGGGAAGUGGCGGCUUCUCGGUGCUGAGGCGUAACGGCGUGGAGUUGCCGUUCAAGGAGCUGAUGGGGUAUGUGUCGGCUUCGUCCUUAGACGAGUGCGAGCGCGCGUGCAAGAGCAACUGCAGCUGUUGGGGCGCCGUGUACAGCAACACGACGCAGUUUUGUUACACCAUAGAUUACCCGAUCCAGACACUGGUCGAGGUCGCGGACGAGACCAAGAUCGGGUACUUCAAGGUGAAGCCCGCGCGGGGCGAGAAGGGCAAGGCCUACGGGGUUGGCUUCCGGGUCGGAGUCCUGAUGUGGGUCCUGAUAGGGUUCGUGGUAGCAUGCGGGUUCGGGUUGGUGGGUUAUCGGGCGUGGAGGAGGAGGAUGAGGUUGAAGGGGCACUUGGCGGAUGAAAACGGGUUGGCCGCCGGCCCGUACAAGGAUCUUGGGUCCGCAAGCUUCCGGUCCAUCGAGUUGAGCAGCAGAUGAUCCGACCCGGCCGGUGCCAAAAAACAAAAAGCAAGACAACAAGUCUAGACAAUUUUUUUUUUCUCAAUUUCUACUUUAGAAUUAAACAUGAAACUCACUUAGGUCUUUAGGGGUUGGCAGAAUGAAUGAUUCCAUUGGGCGAGAUGGACAAGACAAUAGUCCAAGUGGAGACAAGAGUGCGAGACAGAGAGGAAACAAUUCGAGGAGGUCUGACGUAAGAGAUGACGAUAUUUGGUUGGAUUUGGUUGGCGGAAGAUAGUGGGGUUU